AUGGUGAAAUCGUACCUAAAAUUUGAGCAGUCCGAGACUUUUGGGCUCAUUGCCUCAGCAACGUCCAAUGCCAUUUGGGCAAAGGAUGAGCAAAUUCCAGGCGCUGCUCGUCAGACAGGCGCCGGUCGGGCAAUCGUUGGUGCAAGUGAACAGGUUUUAUGCUGGGAUGUGAAAAAAGGUGAACUACUUGGUCGCUGGCGAGACUCUGCCUGCAGGGCACAAGUGACCGUGGUCACUCAGAGCAAGACAGACGAGGACUUGUUCGCCGUUGGAUAUGAAGACGGCAGCAUUCGAAUCUGGGAUUCCCGCACGAGCACAAUCAUCAUCUCCUUUAACGGCCACAAAUCUGCUGUUACCCAGCUUGCCUUCGACAAUGCCGGUGUACGCUUGGCAAGUGGCUCGAAGGAUACCGACAUCAUUCUUUGGGAUCUAAUUGCCGAGGUUGGAAUUUUCAAACUUCGUGGACAUACGGAUCAGAUCACCUCUUUGAACUUUCUUUUUCCGUCCCAAGACCUUCUGAACGCUUCCGGCCUGAGCGAGCAUGCUGGAUUCCUCCUUACCACCGGCAAAGACUCCCUGAUCAAAGUUUGGGAUUUAGCCUCGCAACACUGUAUCGAAACACAUGUGGCGCAAACAAAUGGCGAAUGCUGGAGUCUCGGAUUGUCUCCAGACCAAGGCGGUUGCAUCACCGCUGGAAAUGACGGCGAGUUGAAAGUAUGGUCCAUCAACGAAGGUGUGAUGCUCGAGGUCUCAAGGGAAAAGGUAGCUCAGGAAGGACAGCGGAUCCUCACGGAUCGAGGAACCUUCUACAGGAAUGGUAAAGAUCGCACUACUGGGAUUCGAUUCCACCCACGUGCGGACUACGUAGGUUUUCAUGGCUCAGAAAGAGCCGUGGAGGUUUGGCGCAUCCGUUCCCAGACCGAGGUCCAAAAGGCCGUCGCCCGCAAGAUGAAGAGGAGAAAGGAAAAGGAGGCUAAACGCGAGGGCAAGGACGACGGUGCCGAGGCAGAGCAGGUUAUUUCCGAGGAUCCUGCAGCGGCCCCGGUUACGGAGGUUUUCGUGCCUCAUGUCAUUGUGCGGACUACUGGCAAAGUUCGCUCUUUCGACUGGAUGACUACAAAGAUCAGCGGUCGCCUCAACCUCCUUGCCGCAACGACAAACAACCAGCUUGAGUCCUACACUCUGGUGACGGCAGCGAAGAAGAACAAGGAGGAGGAAGAUGGCGAUUACACCAGGACUCUUGCCGUUGAACUUCCAGGCCACCGUGCAGAUAUUCGAUCAGUUGCGCUGAGCUCCGAGGAUCGCAUGCUUGCUUCGGCCUCUAAUGGUAGCCUCAAGGUCUGGAACAUCCGUACUGGCACUUGUUUGCGAACACUGGAGUGCGGUUAUGCUCUCUGCUCUGCGUUCCUUCCGGGUGACAAGAUUGUGGUGGUGGGUAACAAAAAUGGUGAAUUGGAAGUGUUCGAUAUCGCGUCUUCAACUCUGCUUGACACCAUCAAGGCUCAUGACGGGCCAGUCUGGUCUCUUCAUGUUCACCCCGACGGCAAGUCCAUGGUUAGUGGCAGCGCGGAUAAGACUGCUAAGUUCUGGGAAUUCAAGGUUGUGCAAGAGGAGAUUCCCGGUACAAAGCGCACCACGCCACGUCUGAAAUUGGCACAUACGAGGACACUCAAGGUGAACGACGACAUUCUUAGCCUGCGUUUCUCCCCCGACUCACGGCUGCUGGCCGUGUCUCUAUUGGAUAACACAGUGAAGGUGUUCUUCGUGGACUCUUUGAAGCUCUUCCUCAAUCUCUACGGUCAUAAGCUUCCAGUGUUGAGCAUGGAUAUCUCCUUCGACAGCAAGAUGAUUGUUACGUGCUCUGCCGACAAGACUGUCCGACUAUGGGGUCUUGACUUUGGUGAUUGUCAUAAGGCAUUCUUGGCCCACGAGGACAGUGUCAUGGCAGUCGCAUUUGUCCCGACCAAUCGGGAGCAGAAUGGUCACAACUUCUUCAGUGCAAGCAAGGACAAGAUCAUCAAGUACUGGGAUGGAGACAAGUUUGAACAGAUUCAGAAACUGAGUGGACACCAUGGAGAGAUUUGGGCGCUGGUCAUCAGCCACGACGGCGAGUUCAUCGUGAGCGCCAGCCACGACAAGAGCAUUCGUGUUUGGAAGCAGACCGAUGAGGAGCUUUUCCUGGAGGAAGAACGCGAGAAAGAAAUGGAGGAGGCAUACGACAGCACUCUCACUGCCUCACUCGAACGGGAUGAAGAAAAUGAGGAUGGUGAGAAGGCGGAGGCAGCAGAUGCCGGUAAGCAGACCACGACCACCCUCAUGGCGGGUGAGAAGAUUAUAGAGGCGCUCGAUCUCGGCAUGGAAGACCUCGAAAUCAUGCGUGAAUGGCGAAAGGUCCAGGCUAGAAACCCCAAAGCCGGUGCUGCGCCACCCGACCGCAACCCAACUUACAUCGCUCUGGGCAACAUUUCUGCAGAGCAGCAUGUGUUGAACACUGUGCAGAAGAUCCCCGCUGCCGCCUUGCAAGACGCCUUGUUGGUUCUGCCGUUCUCCAAGCUACCCUCGCUCUUCACCUUCCUCAACAUCUGGGCGGAGCGCGAGUGGAACGUGCCUCUUACCUGCCGUGUGCUUUUCUUCAUGCUUAAAACACAUCAUCGACAGAUUGUGACGAGCAAGUUGAUGCGACCCAUGCUUGACAGCAUUCGCGUCUCUCUCCGGAAGGUUCUGGCACGCCAGAAGGAUGAAAUGGGUUUCAACCUGUCCGCUUUGCAGAUUAUCGGCAACCAAAUUCGGGAGCAUACUACAAAGGAUUAUGUCGACGAGGAGACAUUCACACCUGUCCAAGAGAGCAGCGGCACCGGCAAGAAGCGUCAAUUCCGGAAUGUUGCCUGA